AUGGCAGUUCUUCCACAACCAGCGCAUGAGUCCAGGUUGGCAUCCCGAUUAUGGGUGGUGACUACUGGUACUGUCCUCAUCCUGUUCCUUCUGUCUGGUUUUUAUACCGACUUUUUGAGGUCACCUCUGGAUUAUGCGGAGUCCAAAGCCAAUGAGUUCUGCCGAGUGGCAAAGAACGAAACGGAAAACGGAAAAUCUCGAAAUUGUCAAGACCCCUAUCGGCGACCUGGCUUCCUCGUCAUCCCACCAGACAAGAAGCACUAUAGAGAGACUCAGUGGAUGCCUUUUACCGACAAGUUUCUGGACAUCGACCCAGCAUCUGCAGCAUACCCCCCUCAGCAGGAAGAGCUUAUCUUCAACGAUACUCAAGUCCCGAAAGAGUUGCUUAACGGACCAGGGAUGCCAAAGCAAUGGAUGCAAAUAGCUACUGCUGAGCACCGGCGUCGAGUCAAAGCCGUGAAUAAUAAGCAUGCAACCGUCGAAGACUUUGUUUCCAUGAAAGAUCACGGUGGUCUUGGAUGGCUUUGGGGACGCCGAGUCGUGGAAUUUGGCGACUCUGUUGAUAGAUAUGAAGCCAAGUAUACCUGUAUGGAGUUCGGAAGCGAGAUGUAUUUCCCCAAGAUACAUCCUAUCGAGAAGUUUCCCAAGGGUAUCUGCGAGAUACCAUCUUUCAACCUUACAUUUGUGGUUUUCCACUCUGCUGGUGGCUUUACCUAUAGGCCCAAAUGGUUUUGGUACAAGGAAAUGAGAAUCAUUCCCUUUGAGGAACGUUGGAAAAAGCUCUGGACGCCACACAAGGAAGAUAUUCAUGGACCGAAUGGCCGGCCCGACCUGCUUCUAUGGCAGAAUGGCCUAUGGGACCAGCGUGGAUUCCAGGUAGGUGGCCAAAAACAUCACGAUCCCAAACAAAAUGUGGGUCAAUGGAGCCGACAGCUGGUGUGGGAAGAAUUGCAGUUUUACACAGCUCGUCUCAGAGUUUAUGUAGAACUACUCGUCAAGGAGUUUCCAGAGACUCCCAUGAUGUUCAGAACUUUGACUUAUCACCAACACACAGGAAUGUCGGACGCCAUGAUGCCUGAGAUGGAUCGUGUCGGAAGAGCCAUGGCGGAGAAGUAUGGACACGAGAUAUUUGAAUGGGCGCGUAUGAUUCAACUACUCGGAAAACACUACGCAGAUCGUACGCAUCCUGCUACAGGAGCACUAAGUUGGCUGUGGGGAAAUAUGGUUUUGGAGUAUCUUGCGCGAUCUGCAGGAGCUGGAGUGCAGGCCGGUGGUGAAGAAAGAUAUCCCUACUUUGAAGGAUGGGAUGCUUGUCACCAGGAGCAUCUAGGCUGGGGUGGACGAUAA